UCAAAAAUACAAACAAGUUGAAAUGAUAAUUUGUCGUGUUAAAGGUGGCUAAUUUACCUUCUUUUUCCCAGUAAGCCCACAAAACCAUCCCUGAACCCAACUUCCCUCCGGCCGUUCCGCCGCCGGCCGGUUUAGCACCAUUUUUUCCAAUCUAAUCAAAGCAUUUUUGGAUCUGUAGUACCAUGUCGUUCAUGAAAGGUGAUUUGCUAAGUAGAACUAGAAGGCUUGUCAAAGGUUUAGCCAAAGCUGAACCUGUAUGGCUCAAAGCAAUGGAGCAGGCUCCACCUGCUACAUUUCCUCGUGCCGAGAACAAAUUGGUACCCAUCAGUUUACCUGAGGAUGUCUACAUCAAGAAGUUCUUCCAGAAGUACCCAGAGUCGAAACACGAGGAUGCUAUUAAAAUUUCUGGAUUUGACCCUCCUCCAGCCCGAAUUUAUGGGUGGCGAGUGCUCGAGUUAAAGGAGCAGGGGGUCAGUGAAGAGGAAGCUGUGGCUGUUGCUGAUAUGGAAUAUCGUGUAGAAAAGAAAGCGAAAAAGAAGGCAUAUUCUCGAUUGAAGCAGAUUGCUCGACUUCAGGGGAAGAAACCACCUCCUAAUCCAUAUCCAAGUGCUAUCAAGGAGAUACAAGCUGAAGAAAGGAAGUAUGUGCGUGAUCGUUUCUAUAACCGAGAUAUUCUUAAAAUUGUGGAGAAACUGAAAGAGGAGAGGCAAGCAGAGAUGCAAGACAGAAGAGGUGGAGGUGGCUGGUAAACGGCCAUGGUCUUUUUUCUAAUAGUUUUUCUUUUUGCUUUUUGCCCAAGUUGGUAUACUUGGUAAUGUUUCUCAUACUCUUUGUCGAAGUGGUGUUACUUGAUAAUGUUAUGAUACCCUUUCCUCAUGUAUUAGGAAAACGUUUCACUGCUGGUUUAUGUAGUAGACUUGGAGUUCAUAUUCCGAUUAAAUUUGGAAAAUAAGCGAAUAAUAUCUCUUGCCAAUGAUACACAAGCUUUGCAAGUGUAGUUUUGUUCUCGUUA